GAAGUCUGCAAAACUAGACUAUUGCCUAGGGCAGCUUGGGUAGUUGACAUAGUUUCAACAUGGCGGACUCGGACGACUGUUGGUUGUUUGUGCCACUGUUUUUGUUGUCGUCUGUCCCCUAACGGCAGGCGGAAUUGGUAAAAUAUACGCUUCAGAGACCAUCCGAGUACUUCAUCAGUGAAAACUGAGACUGUGACAUAAAAACUGCAGGUUGGGAUAUUCAGAAGAAUCAGACAUGCAGGGUCCAGAAGUGCCAGUACGGGUUGCAGUCAGAGUCAGACCACUUCUUCCCAGGGAGCGUCUACAUAAUCACCAGGUGUGCGUGCGUGUGAUACCAGGUGCAAACCAGCUGGUUCUUGGAAAGGACCGUGCCUUCACGUUCGACCACGUGUUGACAUCCAAAACGUCUCAAGAUGAAGCAUACAGCAAGAUUGUGGAGCCGCUCGUCCACAGCUGUUUUGAGGGAUACAAUGCCACUGUGUUUGCGUAUGGUCAGACUGGGUCUGGGAAGACUUACACCAUUGUAGGAGGUGGAAAUACAGACACCAUUACAGAGGAGGAGUAUGGUAUCAUCCCUCGUGCCAUCAAACAGAUCUUCUCCACCAUUGCGGAGAACCAUAAUGUUGACUAUACAGUGCUGGUCUCCUACAUUGAGGUGUACAUGGAAGAGUUGAGAGACCUGAUUGAGCUGGAAACAUCCAGCAAGGAUUUGCACAUUAGGGAAGACGAAAAUGGAAACACAGUCAUAAUUGGUGCCAAGGAGGAACAGUGCUGUUCUGUUGAGGAGGUGAUGGCCAUCCUGGCAUCAGGUUCUGCCUCCCGACAGACAGGCACCACACUCAUGAACGAGCACUCCAGCCGCUCCCACAGCAUCUUCACCCUCGUCAUCGAGCAGAGAUGGCGUGACGUUGACACCGCCACUUCUCUGGCUCCAGCCGAGGAUGAUUUGGACUCCACCACAAAGGACACCCGCUUUGUGUCGUCCAAGUUUCACUUUGUGGACUUGGCAGGGUCAGAGAGAGCUCAGAAAACUGGCAAUGUUGGGGACCGAUUCAAGGAGUCCAUCCACAUCAACAGCGGGCUGCUUGCCCUGGGGAACGUCAUCAGUGCUCUGGGCGACACGAAGAAGAAGAUUUCACACAUCCCGUACAGAGACUCCAAGAUCACCAGGCUGCUGAAGGACUCCCUCGGAGGAAAUGCCCAGACUGCCAUGAUCACCUGCAUCAGCCCAUCCAGCUCAGACUUUGAUGAAACAUUAAAUUCACUCAAGUAUGCCAACAGAGCGAGAAACAUCAAAAAUAAGCCAAUCGUAAACACAGACCCACAAUCCAUAGCCAUGGACGCCAUGCGGACAGAGAUCGAGGCUCUGAAGGAGGAGCUGCGGAGACAGCGUGACGCGUACAGGGACCUGACGGAGACGGAACGGGAUGCCACGCCAGAAGACUUGCGUGUCAGAAUGCUGGAGGAGCAGCUGGCCCAGUCCAAGACUGAGUGUGCUCACUACAGGCUGUGUGCUGAGGAGGCCUACAAACAGUUUGUGGAUGUGCAACAGAGUGACAUCCUGACCAAGAGCCAGGAGGCACGUAUCCAGAACUGGCUGGACCUGAUGGAUGAGGUGAAGAAUGAGGUACCCGGGGCCUUCAUCCUUGGAGGGGAGGAGGCUGACCAGGAGGCCAUGAACAAACUAAAGAAAGACCUGAAAAAGGCUCAUAAGGACCUGAAAUCUGAUGAGGAAAUCUUUGCAGAGAAGGCCAGAGAGGCCUCUCAGAUGGCGGAGAGGAUUCAGAAGCUGGAAGCAGAGAAUCAGAGUCUCCGGGAGAAACUGGCACUGACGGAAGAACGGCUUGGGGAACAGGAACAGAAGCUGAUAGAUCAGCAAGUUCUCAUAGAAAACCUACAACAACUGGAGUCUGAUCAGACAAACUCAGUGCAGAUAGAAGUGUCGGACACACCAGAUGUGUUACCCAGGAAUGGUGCUCUCCCCAGUGCACGGGCACACUCUGCUCCUGUCAGGACCAAGCUAAGGAACUUCAGCAUCGCCAGCUCCAGUCAGAUAGGGCUCAGACCUGAAUCCAGGAAGGUACAUACCAGCCCUGGUGUGUUUUCCCUGGAGAGAGUCAUCCAGAACUUCCGGGCUCGGAGCCACCUGCUCGCCAACCAGCUUGAGGACAACGACAAGGUCCAACACGAACAGUUUAGUGAUGCCAGCGAGGAACAAAACAGUGAUGAUGAAGAUGAUCCAGCAAAGGCCCUUGGGGGCACAUGGAAGGUCAAGAGAAAGGCAGCCACUGAGCUUGGUGAAGACACCAAAGUUUCCUUCAAACUGGCCCUUGCUGGAGACUUACCAGAUGAUGAUGGGGAGCCAAUCAGGAGGGAGAUAACAGACAAGCGAGAGUCUAAAGGUGUGUCUAUCUGGGUGGAUCCCCAGAGUAAGAGCCUGAAUGUGGAGGUAGAGAACCUACGAGCCAGCACACACGUGACCAGGCAGAGGAUGAAGGAGUCAGAAGUCAGGCUCCAGACUGCUAAUCAGAAGAUGCGAGAGCUGGCCUUAAAUAUCCGCAUGAAGGAGGAACUGAUCAGGGAACUGGUGAAGACAGGUAAGGAUGCCCAGGUGAUGAACCGACAGUACUCAGCUAAGGUGCAGCAGCUGGAGAAGGAUGCUGAGCAGGCCAAGAAAGAAGCCAUGGAGACACAGAAGAAACUUCAGGAGGUGGAGAACAGGGGACACCAUGAGUCAAACGAGAAGGAGAAGCUUCAGAAGGACUUCCGUAAGAAGAUGGAGACUGCCAAGUCCCGCGUGCAGGCCCUCGCCAAGAAGCAGAGAGAGAAGGAGAAGGUGGCAACCCUCCACGGACAGAAUGACAAGAGGAUCCAUGACCUGGAGCUCAGCAUCCGAGACAUGAAACAGCAACACGACAACCUGCACAAAAAACUCAAGGCUGAAGCAGAUGGCAAGACAAAACUGGAGAGAGAGCUGCAGAAAGACCAGCAAAGGAUUAAAGACCUGGAGAUUCAGAACCAGCAACAGCAGAAGAUCCUGAAGAGGAAGACGGAGGAAGUCGCUGCAGCCAAGAAACGUCUCCGACAGGGCAGUGCUGGUACUCUGGGCUUUACUGCUGACCUGGAACAACAGAAGCUGGAUGAACAGAGGCGCUGGCUGGACGAGGAGAUGGAGAAGGUUCUGGAGCGGCGGCGAGGGGUGGAGAUGUUGGAGGGAGAGCUGCAGAAACGGGAGGAGAUCCUUGCCAAGAAGGAGGCCAUGAUCACGGAGAGGAGUCAACUGGAGAUGAAGAAGCUCCGGUCUAGUCAGAUCAUCACUAAGGACCUGACGACCCUGUCCUCUCGACUGGAGGAGGUGGACAGGAAGCUGGAGGAGCGGACUGGGGCCCUGUCUACAGGAGAGACGGAUGAGAGACAGAGGGUUAAGGAGGAGGUCAGGACACUGCGGCAGGGCAGGGAUAAGAUAUCCAGACAGAGAGAUGCGCUGGACUCCAAACUGGCACAGGGAAAUGUACUGGAUCCACAGGAAGAGCGAAGGCUGAUAGAGUUAGAUGAAGCCAUCGAGGCGCUGGACGCUGCUAUCGAGUACAAGAACGACCUGAUCGCCAGCCGUCGUCAGGAACUGCGCCGCUCUGAGCUGACCCACAGUGAGGACAUGCUGCUGGGGAAACUACAUGCACUCUCCGUGUCUGAAACCAGGACUCUGCUCACCAAGUACUUUGACAAGGUGAUUUCCCUGAGGGAGGGAGAGCGCAGACUGGAGCUGCAGUAUGGGGAGAUGGAGCUGAAGGUGGAUGAACAGAACAGGGUCAUCCGAGAGAUGGAGGCCUCACUACAGCGUGCUGCAAUGGAUACAGAAAGGAAGCUUCUCAAUCAACAGAAGGAGUAUGAAAAGCAGGUGCAGUUCUUGAUGCAACAGGCAUCAGAGGGCAGUAAGGAGACAACAGAGGAGACCAUUGGCCAACUGGAGCAGAAAUGCCAGCUUCUGGAGAAGGACCUGUACUACUACAAGAAAACCAGUCGAGACCUGAAGAAGAAGAUGAGGGAGUUGGUGGCCAGGAGCGGUUCACAUGGGGAUGGAGAUGACGUGGGGAGCAGCAUCGCUAGUUCCCUGUCUGUCAGGGAGGGGGCGGUAUCAUACAGGAUGGGUAGGGAGUCGGGGCUGAGGGAAGAAGUGAGGAAUGGAGGCGCAUCGUUGUCAGUGAGAUUCCAGGAACCUGAGAGAGAAGGGGAGAGGGGACAGGGGGACACACGAGAAGACAGAAAGUCCACGUCCAGAAGAGACAGGCGGUCCCACAGUGAUGACAAGGUGCCGGGUUCUCCCAGCAGGAAGGAAGCCGUGCCUAGAAUCAAGACUCCCUCACAGACGGAAGAUGAAGACGUCUUCCGGGACGUCCCACAGAAUGGAGGGAGGGACAGCAGUGUCAUACACAAGUCACGAAUGCUCGCCGAAGAACAGAAGGACACAGUGACAUCGCUGCAGAAAAGUUCUUACACGUCAGGUGACCCAAGUGGAUCACUGCGGGAAAUGACCCCAGUAAGGAAGGCCAGACGUGACCUGAGGCAGAUCUCGCCAGCAGAAGUGUCGAUGAGAAGGUCCCAGGCAACGAAUGUCAGUCAGGCUUCGCUACCGGUGGACUCCAUAGAAGCAAGUGCUGGCAGUAAAAACCCAUGGUCUUAAUGGGAGACUGGAGCUGCGGUUUGUCUCCACCAAAUGCUGCUAUCCGUCCAUUUUGUUGGUUCUGAAAGAACCAUAAAAUGUCAAGACUGUAACUGUCAAGACUGUAACUGUAACUGUCUCAAGCAUUCUUGGUUGAACACUGUUGAAACAGUUGGACAGUGUUAGCAUGUUUCUGCUUUCUUGACAGCACUUUGGUUUGCCUUUGGUUUGCUUUGUUAAAUAUUUGCAAUUUUUGUAUUUUCUUAAGGUGAUCUGAUCUCACUUUUUCUUGGGACCAUCUUCCCACUGUGCUUUGACAAGUACCAAGUAAGCCAUAAAUCUUAAUGUCACAAAGUGUCCAAAAUGCUCUGGCUUCAGUAAUAAUUGUUGUCUUAUCAUGAUGUUCUAUUGAACAGUGUUUGUCAUAUUGGUGCGUUUUUCCACAGUGAUGUCAAAUUCAUGCUGUACUCCCUUGGACAGUGAAAACUUUGUUAGUGACAGGUCCUGUUACUGUUCUGUUACAGUUCUUUCAUAUAAAGCAUUAGGGGAAAAAUUGAGUACUGUAAUUUGAGAUGUGUGUUGUGUGCAAGGAUGUAUUGUACUGUAGUAUGUUGGAUUACAGAAUAGAGUUAUUCUUGGGCAAGAAAUACUCUGCAGAACAUACAAAUGUAUGAUUCCUCUGUGUUGUAACAAUUUUGCAUAUCUGUGUUAAUGUGUUAUGAAUUGUUCAGUUUUGUAUAUAGUUUUGUAUAUGAAGAAUGUUUUUGAAUGAUAUGAUAUAUUUGAUGGUGAUAUUUAUUGUACUUUGGUGUUUCGAACACUUUGGUGGUGGAAAAUUGCUCUUUCUGAUUAGAUGCUCCUAUGCAAUAGUAAUGAAGUGGCCUUAUGUCAGCUUCCAGAAAUAGUUCUAACUACCAGGGUAGUAAUUAAAGAAGAUUUUCAGAAUCGCUACCACUUUAGUGCCACAUUUUAAAUAUAUUGUAAACACAUAUCUUGAAGUAUUCCCUCCAGCAAAUAAAUGCACCUUUCUGGUGACUGUGUUGACGUGAUUUGCUCUACUGUGGUAGUCUUGAUUUACCGGUACACGUAAUCUGUAAAAUGUAGUUGCAGAAACAGAAUGUGUCAUACACAAACAGAGAAUUAAUCUACCUGAUCUUCCAGGGGACAUUGUAGACUCAUUGUACAAAAUCUUCCUUUUCAAAGUUGUUGUUUUCCACUAUUCUACAACGAAGUAAAAAAACAAACACAUUAAACUGAUUUCAGAAUAGGUAUUUGGUCCUGUCAAGAAUGGCAUGAUGGAAAUCAACCUUGUUUAAUGGGCAUCAUUUGUGAAAGUGAUUGAGCUGCCUAUAUUAUUGUUUCAUGUGCUGUAAUAAUACAUGCACUGCACUGAAAAUAUGAUGGUUGUUCCUCUAACGCCAUACCACUGAAGUAAACAUGAUCUUGCAGCUAUUACUGAUACUUGGAGGAAGGUUGCAAAAUGACAGAAAUUUGUCAAAUUGAUGGUCAUUUCUGCCACUUUCUUUGAGGUUGCCAUUAGCGGUACUGAUUAGGCUAUGAUAAGGUAUGUUACAAUUUAUGUAUCCAGACCAAGGACAUUGUAGUGGUCCUUGAUAAAUGUCAUCAAACCUAGCUGUGUUCACUGUGUGCGCCUGCAUACAUCAUAUCCUUUACAAAUGAGUAAGGUAUGAAUGUAUGUGAACAUCAUUCAUUUUGGUGGCCUUUUACCUGGGUGUUUAUAUCUGGCAUGGGGUUGUCUGGGAAGCUUGUCUAUCACAGAAAACUGUUCUGUCUUAUUUUACAACCUUUGUCAUAAUUGCAAGAAAUAUUUUGCCCUUUUUUUUACUUGCGCUCAAAUUGAUAUUGGAUUGUAUAGAUGAUGUCAUUCCAAAAAUCUCAUCAUCCCAAAAUUAAUGAAUCUUGCACCCUUAAAGCUGCCGUACAAGAAUGACAUCUAGCAUAUAAAGGAUGAACUGCAGCUCCCAAAAUGUAUCUUCAGUACAAGAGCAGUCUUUGGGGGACCGUCUUUGGGACAGGGUGCUCUACCAAACUGGCCUCUAGCCCUUCCACCUCAUUUAAAACUUUCAAUGAGCACCAAAAGUGACUUUGACAUAGAUCACAAUCAUUGUAUUCAAGUUGACAAUAUACAAUAGUAUUUUAAUACCAGUAGAUUUCUUAACAUGUACUGUAUGCAGAAGUGACACCUGGCAAGUUUCAAACAAGUUGCAGUAAAUACUAGUCUAGGCAAUACAGUACCAUUUCUGCACAAACUUUGUACCUUUGCUCAACAAUGUCGGUGAUGCAACCAAAAGUUUGAUGUGCAAGGAAAUUUCUUUAGUUGCUUGCAUGGAUCUCUACUUCCAGCAUCCUGAAGAAAAAUACCAUACCAAUUGUACACAUUUAUUGAAAUGCACCUACAGAACAACCUCAUAAUUGCAAUCAAAACUGAGAUCAUUCUGUUUCAUACUUCAAUUUCUUACCACUUUGACCUUUAGAGAUGUCAAAAUCCAUUAUCUAUUACACAUUGUUUUUAAGAGCUUGAGUCAUGGUGAUUUAAGAAUUCUGAGAAUUCUAUGCUAAUUGAUUGAGAUCACUCCACUGAGAGUUAAAAAAUGCUCAUAACAAUGAAUACAUAGUACUUUUUUCAUUGCAUGCAUGCUGUUUGUGUGAUUUCUGUUGACCAUCACAGUCACAGUAAAGAAGUAAUAGAACAUUUUAAAUAAAAAGUACAUAAUGGGUCAAUGACAGUAACUGUUUGUGACUGUCUCAGUAGGCAAAAACUCGGGCAGGUUUUCAGCAAAACAAAUUUCAUUGACUGGAGAAAAUCAAUAAAAUACUCAGUCUCCACU